GAUUCACGUCAUCGUUGGCCCCAUGUUCGCUGGCAAGACCACCGCGCUUCUCCGCCGGCACCGGCAGGGUACAUCCAACGACAACGAGUAGGCAACAAGUGUACUGGUGAGCAGCGGGACAGUAGCAUGAAGCACAUAAGAACUCGGCGUGCGUGGUCGUCAAUGAGCUCUCCUACAUAGUGGUCGCCCAUGAAAAAAAGGCUCAUGUCUAGCUACAUGGAGAGUUUCAAAAAUCAGAAUUGAGAAAGUGCAAACCGCCAAGAAAGUUCUUUAACAGUAAAGAAAGUCUGUGUGUUUAUAUAUUUGUGAUUUGUGCUAUGUGAGAGUUCAUAUUGUAAGAUUAUGGUGUUUGUUUUAAAGUUCAAAUUAUUAAAAGCCGUGAGGUUCACACACUGCCACAGUGGAAGUUUGUGAAUUUGGUAUAUAAAAAAGGAAAGUGUUCAUAUUAUAUGGUUA